AUGGAUGACCCCUUGCGGACUUCUUUGAAGACGAUCGAACGCGACAAGCAAUACAUACCCGCCAACCAUGCAGUUGGUUGGAACAUUCUCACUAAACAUAUUACUUGCAGGAUAAAAAAAUUACCGUCCUACUUUGAAGCGGAUGGAGCGUACAGAAUACCGAACCCGAUGCUAUCGGAACACGAGAUGCAUGAAACACUUCAGCAACUGGCUGAUAGAAUAGCCAGCCAGUUUGAAGCCGGGUUUCAGAAAUCGCCACCAUUCACAAUCCAGCGACUUGCGUCCUUGCUGCUUGAAACCGAGGUGCCGUUGGUGCCGGAGCCGAGCAGGGAACAACAGGUUAAAAAGCAUCUCACAGAUCUAGAGAGGAACGUUUACGUGAGGACGACCGUGGAAGAAGUUGAGAGUGAGGAAGAAAAUGCUAGAAGAUUACUCGGAGACGAAACAGACGAUGCUGAGACUUUGAGGAAGCCAGUGGUGGCUAUAGGUCCAGCUAAAUCUGGAACGCUCAAGGCGGUUUCAGUGCAGCCAAAUCCGGGAAAACCGACAACGCUUUUUAUGACUAAGAUAGACUGGUUUUCCGAGCGCACUGAUGCUGAUCCUGAGGAGGAUCAGGAAAUAGAAACCAAAGCGGAACCUCUGGAAACCGUACUGUCUCCGAAAAAGGUGUCUGCUGACCAGCUAGAUGGUGAGAGAGUCAUCAAGCGGACAAAGAGUUUGCUGAUAAGUACAGAGCAUGAAGAAAAUGCCGAUAUGAGCAUUGACCAAGCUUUGGAAGAAGGCAAUGAAGGCGGUAAUGGAAAUGCUGCAGAAGACGAUUCAGGCGCAAACGUUGACAUCGAUGUCUCGCGGGACGAGCUCAGGGACGUGUCACCUGUAUGA